AUAAAAAUUCUCUGGACGUAUAUUUCUUCAUCUUCCUGUCCGUCCUUCUCUUUCUUUGCCUCCUAAAACAAUAAACAUUCCACGGAGCAAAAAUCAAACACCAAAUUAUAGUAAAAUAUCAAUAAUCAUUUGCAUAUUUUUAACGAACCCCUUCCUUCUCAAGGCUUUACGGCCUUGGUCGGGGUUGAUAUCUUUAUAUCGAUACAUGCAAAUAGGAGAAUUUACAUUACAUAUUUAAAGCAUUUUAGGAUCUUUUUUGUGAUGUUGGGGUGUAAAUCAUUGGCCGAAUUGCCCAGGUUCUGUGGCUAUUUUUGAAAUUGGUUUGUACAUGAAUUGAGAUGAGGGGGGAGGGGUAAUUUGGCAUUCAGACAUGGCAGUGGUGCGAUACGCCGUCAUUCUGAUAGUUUUUGUGACAUCUAUGAUAGCCAUUGAUCCUUAUUGGAAGCUUAUAAGCAACCAUUUAGGUGGUGGAGGUCCUUGGAAUGUUCAAAAGACAGAGAAACAUAUGGCAGAACAAGUAUGGAUUUUAUGUAUGAAAGAGUUUAAAGAAUACCCUGCAAAGGAUUCCAAUUUCAUAAUAAAGUCUUACAACAAUCUGUUGGCGAAAAGGAGAUUACGGGAAGUUGAGGAGAAGCACAUUGAUAUUGGCUGCAUAGUGGAGAAAAAUCCCUCUACACAUGAUGAACACUACCCUCAUUUUAUCAAGUACACUGAAGAGUUUAUACCGAGAAGAUCAUUAAGACAUAGAACUAAGCACAAACAUAAAUCCGUACGUAGCCCCGCUCCAUCUCCAGGACCAUUUCACAAAGCCCAUCUCAGCUCUCACUCUCCCUCUCCCCAAUUCAAUACUUUUCUAAAACCUCCUUCAGAGCCCCCAAAGCAAAAGCCUCCUCUUGACUUGUUGUCUCGUCCAUUUUUAGUUUCCCUCCAUGUAUCUCCACGCAAACCACCAAACCAUCUUCUUGAACUACCAAUCGAUCCUCCAAGACCACCAAAAGAUCUCCCUCAAACACCAAAACCUCUCCCAAAACCAUCACAUGCUAAGAGUCCUAAGACAAAACCACCUGUUACUCAUCGGAAGCCUAAAGCCGUUAUCUCAGAAAAUAAGGAGGGCAGAAGAACAUAUAUGAUUGCUGCCAUUGCUGGGUCAACAACGGCAGCAUUUUCCUUUGUAGCGCUAUUCUUGAUUUGUUGUCUCAAGAAAAGAGAUAAUGUUGGGAAAAAAGAUGGAAGACCUCUUCUCAAGAAUGGUUCUGGUUCUUCACAAAACUCUCAAAGCAUAUGUGGUUCUGGAAAUAAUGACUCCGAGACUUCACUUAAUGUGAGUAGUCUAUCUGUUGCAAACAGUUCAUCAGGAAUCAAAACUGUUGGUGAUCAAGGCUCCACAGUGAACCUUCAAACAUUACCACUUCCUCCUGGAAAGUCUGCACCUCCACCACCUUUGGCUCCACCAGCACCAGCCCCCCCACCACCUAAACCUCCAGCUCCAAAAGCUCCCCCGCCCCCCAAAGCUCGCCCUCCUCCGAAUCCACCAAAGCCAGGUGCACCAAAGUCUUCUCCUCUCGGGACACAACACAAAGGACACUCUUCUGGAAGUGAGGGAUGUGAAAAUGGCGGAGGGUCUCCUAAAACUAAACUAAAACCAUUUUUUUGGGACAAGGUUAAUGCAAGUCCUGAUCACUCUAUGGUUUGGCAUGACAUAAAAGCAGGCUCUUUCCAGUUUAAUGAGGAAAUGAUGGAGUCCUUGUUUGGGUAUUCUCCAUCAGAUCAAAACAAAAAUGAACACAAGAAAGAUUCGUCUUUGAAGUCUACGCCGCAGUAUAUCCAGAUCAUUGAAACUAAGAAGGCGCAAAACCUUGCUAUUCUUCUUAAAGCCUUGAAUGUGACAACUGAGGAAGUUUGUGAUGCACUAAAAGAGGGUAAUGAGUUACCCCCUGAGCUCAUCCAAACAUUUCUGAAAAUGGCACCAACGCCAGACGAGGAACUUAGACUUCGAUUAUAUACCGGGGACAUUUCUCAUCUUGGACCGGCUGACCGCUUUUUAAAAUGUCUUAUUGAGAUACCCUUUGCCUUCAAAAGGAUGGAGUCAUUGUUGUUCAUGAUAAGUCUUCAAGAAGAAGUUUCUUCCAUCAAAGAGUCAUUUGCUACCUUAGAGGUGGCAAGUAAUGAACUAAAAAAUAGCAGACUAUUCCUGAAACUUCUAGAAGCAGUUCUAAAAACUGGGAAUCGUAUGAAUAAUGGAACAUUCCGCGGUGGGGCCCAGGCUUUCAAGCUUGACACACUCUUGAAACUCUCAGAUGUCAAAGGAGCUGAUGGGAAGACGACACUUUUACAUUUUGUUGUUCAAGAAAUCAUUAGAUCUGAAGGCGUACGAGCUGCACGUAGAUUAAAGGAGAGCCAUAGUAUGUCUAGUGUGAAGACCGAAGAUCUUCAAGAAGAUUCCCAACAGGAUUCCAGGGAGUAUUAUCGAACCCUCGGUCUUCAGGCAGUCUCUAGUCUUAGUGAUGAGCUUAAGAAUGUAAAAAAGGCAGCCGUAAUAGAUGGUGACAACCUCUCACAUUCAGUUUCCAAACUUGGGCACUCACUACAAAAAGCUAAAGAUUUUCUAUACAAUGACAUGAAUAGUUUAGAGGAAGAAGGUAAUGAGUUCCGAGAAACACUGGCUAACUUUUUGGACCACGCUGGAGGCGAAAUCCCAAUACUUCAGAAUGAAGAACAAAAGAUCAUGGCUUUGGUGAAGCAAACAGGAGAUUACUUCCACGGGAGUUCGGGAAAAGAUGAAGGAUUGCGUCUCUUUGUCAUUGUUCGUGAGUUUUUAGUAAUGUUGGAUAAAGUAUGUAAGGAGGUAGAAAGGUCAACAAAGUCAUUAGUCAAAGCUUCAAGAAAGGAAUUAUUAACAUCAUCAACGUCAACAAGAACUCCUUCCCAAGAAUCACAAACGGAGUCAUUGCCAGAUUUUCGCCAACACCUAUUUCCAGCAAUAACAGCACGAAAGAUAGAUGGUGAUCUGAAUUCAGAUGAAGAGAGCUCUUCUCCAUAGACUUACCUGAAAAGGGUAUACAAGGAAUUUGUUGGUUGGUUGGGAUCAUCACGCUCUUGCUCUGACUUACUCUAACCGUUAGGCACAACUUUAACCUUCUUAUAUAUUUAUUGUGUAUCAGAUUGAGACCCUUAUUUACUAACUUCAAACGUUAGGGUGGAUAAGGUGUAGCUAGAGUCAGCUUUCUCAGUGGAACAAUUGGUAAAUAUGUGAUGUUAUAAUGGUUUUGGUGUUUGUAUCGUAUUGGUUUUGAUUUUCGAUUUUCGAAUGAAGUGGCUUCUUUUCUAUUUAA